AUGCAUGCCAACUCCAGCAAAAAUGAGGUGUCUAUGCUAAUGAAGAAGAAUCGUGCCCUCGAGCAGAAGGUUAUCAUUAUGCUUUUUUCUAGUUCUAGAUAUGAGCAACUCCUGGAACACAUUGGUUCUCUCAGUAUCGGCACUCCCACAGACCCAUUUACUGAAAUAUUAAAGGUGGCACAUGAGGCCAACAGACAGAUCCCAGUAUAUUGCGAAGACAACUAUGAUGGUGUGUACUACUGGUUCAAGAGUGACUGGACGAAGGAAUAUCUUAGUCAUGGUGUCCUCGAAGUCAAGUGCCCUGAUGGUGCUGGCUCCAUAUCAUAUCUUGUUGAUGAAGAUGGUUUUGUUGUGUCUGAGGCCAUCCAGCAGAAAAUGCGCGAGACUCUCCACAUACUCUGGUUUAUAUUGCUCAGAUUUGGGUGUGCACCCACCUCAUGGACAAAGAUUGACAUCCUGGCCCUUGAAUUUGUUCAGCUUCCGCAAUCCAUCACCAUAUCACCAUUCAUAAGACAUCCAAAGAAGAAGAAGGAGGACCAUGUCAAGGUUGUCCAGCCCAUUACUGUUGUGAACGCUAUUGCAAAAGCUACAAGACCCAAAAUUAGUGGCCUGACUCUUGUAGUAGAGACACCUGACAAUAAUGACAAACCACCCUAA